CAGAGAGAGUGCUGCCAGUCAGUCGGUCGGUCGGUCGCAAAGUCAGUGACAAAGUCAUCGAGGGAGUCGUGCAGUCGGUGUUGCAAGGGUCCCCGGUGGAAACUCGGGAGGAGACGCUCGCUCCCGCGUUUGGAUGCGCACGCGAGCCUUAUGACUUUAGUGGGGUCUGCAAAUGGGCGGCACGGGUGGCAACCUCUACCUCAGCAUGUUGACCGGCGCCACCGAGGCGCACAGCCUGGCAAAGAGCACCGAGGUGAACGGACACCUGCACCGCGGCGGGGCCAAGGACCCGGCCGAGCUCAAAAUGGGCAUCCAGGACGCGCGCUUCUACUACCAGGACUCCCUCGCGGGUGGCCAGGACGCCCUGGCGCUGCAGUACCACUCGGAGCAGGCGCUCGGCGGCUUCGGACACGCUGCGCAGCCGGCACGCUUUUACGCGCAGACGCUGGGUGGCUGCAACUACGCUGGCGCGGGCUCCCCGCAGAGGAGCGUCGCCCGGCCGGGCUACGGGGACGGGUUCCCGGCGGUGGGCAAAGACGCGUAUCCGCCGUCGCCGGACAGCUUCGGGGGGGCGGCGGCGGCGGCAGCGGCGGCGGGCUACCAGCGGGCCACCGCGCUCUACCCGCUGCCCGGCUUGCAGCUGUGCGGCAAGACGCAGGCGCUGCUCAACAACUACCCGCUGUGGGCCAAGUUCCACAAGUUCCACACCGAAAUGAUCAUCACCAAGCACGGCAGGAGGAUGUUCCCGUUUCUCAGCUUCAACAUCAGCUCGCUGGACCCGUCGGCCCACUACAACGUGUACGUGGACGUGGUUCUGGCCGAUCAGCACCACUGGCGCUACCAGGGCGGCAAAUGGGUACAGUGCGGCAAAGCCGAGGGCAACAUGCCAGGGAACCGGAUGUACGUGCACCCGGACUCGCCCAACACUGGCGCCCAUUGGAUGAGGCAGGAAGUGUCCUUCAGUAAACUCAAACUCACCAACAACAAGGGCGGGAGUAACAAUAUGGCACAGAUGAUCGUUCUGCAAUCCCUGCACAAGUACCAGCCGCGUCUGCACGUGGUGGAGGUGAAGGAAGACGGCAGCGAGGACGCCUUCCACGCGUCCAAAGCGCAAACCUUCGUCUUUCCCGAGACGCAGUUCAUCGCCGUCACCGCCUACCAGAACGCUGACAUAACACAGUUGAAAAUCGACCAUAACCCCUUCGCCAAAGGUUUCCGCGACAGUUACGACACUCUGUACGCACCGCCCGACCCAGAGCGCCUCACUCCCUCCCCCACGGAGAGCCAGCCACUCCUGCCUGGAGGUUGCUACCCUUCGGGGUACCUGCCGGACCCCUACAUCGGCCCCCUGCCCCAGAGCCGUUUCUACGGCCGGGAAGCGGCGCUGGGCGGCCAGCAGCACAAGGACGCCCCCUCCAGCCCGGGGCCGCACUGGUACUUGCCGUCCCAGCAGGCCGUCACCCCCAACCGGCUGGACUUUGCUUCGUCCUUCGAGGGCGACUUCUCCGGGAACACCCUCUACAAGCCCUUCCCUCUGCAGACACCUCCGUUGCCGACCCUCAGCUACUACCCCGAGCACCCGUUUGCCUCCAGCAGCGUGUCCACCACGGCGGGGUGGAGCACCACCCGGGCCCCGCCUCAGUACCUGGCCAGUAAGCCGGCCCCCAGCCUGGCUUGGUUCCGUCCCAUGUCCUCGUCGCCCAUGGCGCCCGGUAACUCCAGGCUGCACGCCGCCCCCCUCCACCCAGGCCCGUUGGAGCCCCUCCCCCUUGCCGACAAGGUCAAAGACGGGGCGGGGGCCGAGCAACAUUGGCUGGAGCCGCCCUCUGUGAAGUCGCCCGACUCGCUGGACUCGGCCCCGUUUGAGAGCGGCGCGAGCGACGUCAAGAAGAGGAGGGUGUCGCCCUACACGUCCAGCACUGAGAACUCGCCGCCGCCCAGUUGCGAGGCGCAGAUGUGUGACAAAGACGCCGAUUACUUUGGCUAUUAUGCUCACUGAGGCCCAAUUCCCCACCACCACCACCACCAGACACCGCUUCGCUAAGCAAUGCCACGUACUGGAGUACACGCUUUGUCCUCGUAGAAUUACUCUGGCGCACUGGUAGAACAAGGGUUCGAAAAAAGAAGGCGGAAACUUUUUUUGUGCUGACUUUCAGUAUUUCAGGAUGCCAAGCGGCCAUGACUAGUUGGAAAAAAAACGUGAAGAAAAGUCAUUUUUCAACAACACUCUAUUCUCGUAUUUCAUUCCGGAGAAGACGCCUUUAUUCUAACAAAAAAAAAAGCUUUGUAUUAUAAAAAAAUAUUUUUUUUUCCAGAAAAAUGUGACUUUUUUUCCUUUAUCAUUGCACCUUUUGUUUACCUUGAUUCCUGCAGUGAUGUCAUAUUUAUCCACGACAAUCAUAUCAGAGCUUUUUGAUUGGCCUCACGCUCAGGUACGGAGGGAGGAGUCAAUUCCGGGUGACCAUAGUCGCGUUACAUUCAAAGUGUGAAAAAUUAAAUUCCGUCCCCCACUCUGAGGUCAAAAAUAAAUCCGAACAUUUGGAGGCGGUGACAGAGCAUAGAGGUGAAUCAAUGGUUGGCGACAGUUACCGUGAUCUCCCACGGUGCGUUUGAGGCCAGUGGGAAAGAAGAGCGUUGCAGGCUGCGGUCCCUUCUUCUUCUGUGGUCCCCCAAAAGUGGGUCACUCACACACCUGGAGCCAAACAGACACUUGUCACCGCUGUAAGCAGGAAGUGGAAAGUGACCACACAGACCCCGGGGGGGAAGGGGGGGGGGCAAUGUCUGUCUGCGAGAGAGCCACCAAGUCAGAACCGCAAAUGACAGAAGCAGUUCCAAAGGUAGUCGAAACUGAGCAUCUUCAACGUGACUGAUGUCUCACGCCGAGGUCACAACGAAAAAUAAAUGAAUCAAAUAAAACGGGGUUGCUGUGCAUAUUUGAAAGACAAACCAAGCAAUAACCAUCCUGCCAAAAAGUGAGAUUUCUAAAAGUGUUAUUUAUUCAAGGUGGCACAAUUGAGUAAUGUUGUACUGUUGCUUCUUAUUUUCUAUUCAAAUAAAAGCUUAAAGGAAA